AGAAAACGCUCCUCGGUCAUUUUUUGUGUUUACUUCCGGUUUAGCUCACAAGUUUGAGAGACGAGGGAAACUCGAAACAAUUUUCUCCAAAACUACGAUGUAAAUUUUUAUUAAAAUGCAUCGACAGCAGUCUUUAUUUGACUACUGGACACAAGAAAACAACGAUUUAGUGAAAAUUUGUAAGAAACAUGAAGGACAGAAAGCUGUGGGUCCACAUCUGACCUCUGACUUUCAAAAGCUGUUGAGAAAAAUACAAGGAGUCCCGCCUGAAACUGAUCAUGCACAGCUGGAGCUCUCGGUUGUGUACAAUGCCUGUAUCUGCUUUAUUGCCCAGUCUCAGUUCACUGAAGCUGAGCUCCUCCUCAAACAAGCAGCUGAGAGAACUCUACAAAUGAAAGGAGAAAGCCUUUGUCAGUUGGAUGCUCCUAUAGUUUGGAUGACGGCUGUUAAAUCAGUAAAGAACACAGCUUUACAUCGCUUUUUGCUGUUUCUCCCCUGUUUGCAGUGGGCAAUAUGGUUGGCCACAUGCCAGCUAAAGCCUAUAGAGGAUUUUCAGGAGACCUCCUUGUUUGAGGCUAUAAUUGGUGGAGUUGGAGGUGAAUUUGGAGAACACGCAAAGGAAAAGUUCAGAAUUGUUCCCACACUAGUGAUGGAUCCAAAGCGACUUGUUGAGUUAUUGCAGAUCUGCAGUGUCAUUGCUCAAGGUGCGGAAAAACUGAAUGAAGGUAGGGGCUCGGAAGCUUUGCCUCGUUUGCAGGCAGCUUCCAAACUGCCAGCUCCCAAAGCUCUUGUUGCUUACACCCACCUCCUAUCAGGCUCCUGCCUCACCCAUAUGAACUGCCCUCAGAUGGCACUGCAGUGCUACAAAAAGGCCUUGGAAACAGACGCCCAGUGUGUGUAUGCGCUUCAUCAGAGCUCACGCAUCUAUAGCGAGCUUGGAAAUGCACAAGCUGAGAUACAAGCUCUUCAUAUAUUGCACUUGACUUUGUUAUUACCGUCUUCUGCAGAGCCCUCCACGGCUGGAGUCCAUCUUCUCUCUCCAUUCUUGCUUCUCGCCAGCCAAUCACUGAAAAACCUGCUCUCAGUUCCAUCUCCUCUCAGUGUCCUUCACAAACUGGCUCUCAAAUGCAUUCUCAAUAUCAGAGUACCUGAGGGGGUUAAACACUACCUGGACCUUCUGGCUGCUCUUCACUCAGAAGAUCAUCAUGGAGUAAAAGUGCAUUCCGAGUUCUCCACCCUCCCCAGGUUACCCAAACUCUACUUAGAAGCUGCCGUUGCCUUGCUCAUGGCCCAGCGACCUGCAGACAGUAUGGCCCUUUGCACAGAAGUCAUUGAAACAACCCUGGAGCUUCUUCCAGAGAAACUGGUUAUUGAAGAACCAGAGGAGGGAAGUGAGGCUUUGACCCAAGGCAUGCGAGAGGAGGGUGAAGGGACACUUGCAGUGUUCCUCUGGGCUGCAGCUGCAUACCUGCUACAAGGUCAUUGCUACUCUCAGCUGAAGGACUGGAAACAAGCUGUGACUCACUACACAAGGUGUGUCAACAUGCUGGUGAAGGUGCACUUUAAAAGAAAAGAUGUCCAGACAGAAGUUUCAAAAGCAGGAAGACACCUCAGCCAAACAGCAGACCUGCACAUCCUUCAAAGACUUAAGGGGCUUUCUUUAGCUGGUCGGGGGAUCAGCUUCAGCCAGAUGGACCACCUAAAGGAGGCUCUCAGGGACCUCCAGCUAAGCCUACAGGCUGUUCCAGAGGGUAUUGGUGCAGGGCUGUGGUGUGGUGAAGUACUGUGGAGGCUUGACCGAAAGCGGGAGGCAGCAGCUCGCUGGGAAGUGACCUGGAACCUUCCCACUCAGUCCUCCACUGAGAGUCUUCCCUUGUAUGCACAAGAACCUUCCUUUGGUCCUUCGUUGGAUCCAACAGAACUACGACACAGAAUACAAAAACUCGGUCCAGUUUAGACAAAUUUGAGGAUGUCCUACUACAGAAAAGGUCUAAAAUAAGGCAUAUUUCCCUAAACAAGACAAUAUAACCCAUAAAAAGUGGGAAAUUCUUUUUUUUCUGUCUUUUGAAGUAAAGAAGCAGUGUUUUAUAGGAUUUGUUGUUAACAUAAUCUGUGGUUGUUUUUUGUAUAGAAAGUUUCUGGUCUGAAUUUGUGGGACAGUAAAAGAUUAGUUGUACAUACAUGACAUGGUGUUACAGGAAAAUGGAUUGUACUCUAAAAAAGUGAUACAUUUCUUGAAAAAUAUAAUUUAAAAUAUAUAAAUAAAAAUGUUUAACCACUAAA